GUGGUAUUUGGUUAAACUGAGAGGCGUGUUUAGAGCUUUUUCAUUACAUUGUUAUUGAUAUCUAUCUCUGAAACGCAUUGGUGUGUGUUUACGUUGUGUUGUAACUGCAACUUCAUUAUGACGCAGCAGAUCUGACCGUGAAUUUAGGUGAUGGCAGACCUUGGACUGAAGGAAGGGGACAGGGUGCUGCUGAUAUGGACUCAGCCAUCAUCUCCCACUGCACUGAAGGAGUUUGCUGAGAGCAUUGGCUCUGCUGUUGGUAACCAGAGCCUGGUGUCUUUGGAGAACAUGGAGAGACUACAACUUUCCUCUCACACAGCUUCUAGUUAUGACUGGGUUCUCUCAGGCCUGCUGACCGACAGCUCACCAAUCCACAGUUCAGAAAUGUUGGCUGAGAUGGCCAGAGUAAUGAAACCUGGCGGCAAACUGGUGCUAGAAGAGCCGGUAACAGGUUCUGAGGACAAUAGUGUGAGAACCGCCGGGAAACUGAUGUCAGCUAUUAAACUAUCUGGAUUAGUAUCUGUCACUGAGGUAAAGACCGAGCCGCUGAGCCCAGAAGCAGCCACUGCUCUGAAAGAACGCACCGAGUUCCAGGGAAGCACACUUUUAAGGGUGCGCAUGUCGGCAUCUAAACCUAACUUUGAGGUCGGAUCCUCAACACAACUGAAACUUUCCUUUGGCAAGAAAACCACUUCAACAGAGAAACCAGCUCUUGAUCCAAGCAUCGCACAAAAGUGGACCCUGUCAGCCAAUGAUAUGGAUGACGAUGAUGUGGAUUUGGUAGAUUCCGAUGCACUUUUGGAUGCUGAUGAUCUGAAAAAGCCUGACCCGUCCUCUCUCAAGGCUUCCUGUGGAGAUGACUCCAAAAAGAAAAAGAAGGCCUGCAAAAAUUGCACUUGUGGUCUUGCUGAAGAAUUGGAAGAGGAGACUAAAGCAACUCAGAAAGCCAUCCAGCCCAAAUCAGCAUGCGGAAGUUGUUAUCUGGGUGAUGCCUUCCGAUGUGCCAGUUGUCCAUAUUUGGGCAUGCCCGCCUUCAAACCUGGAGAGAAGGUUCUGCUGGCCAACACUGAUAUAGCUGAUGCAUAAACACUCGCUUUUGAGAUAUUACAUUCCGUUACCAUUCUACAAUAUUGAGGCCCAGAUCUGUGUAAUCAGCAGGGAUGCAGUUCACAGUGCGUCACUUGACAAUGGAAUGCACUAAAGUUACCCACACGUGACAAAAACUGAAAAUUUCUGUUUGGUUGUCUCUUUUCAAACCGAAAAUGGUAAAAAUAUGAAUACAUCUCUGCAUUAUAUUAUGUCAUCAACAUGUACAACAAAGAAAUAUCCACAUUGAGUGUAAUUUGUUUUAUUUGAAAAUCCAAAGCAGCUGCUCAUGUAUAGAAUAAGGUGAUAUUUUAAGCUAAAAUCAAAUGCUUAAUAAAAUUUGUUAAAUAAUA